UUCAGUAUUCAUAAGCAAACCGCCGGGUCCUCAAGACUCAGUUUCAAACUGAUGAAAAGACACCACUGCACGGGACUUCUGUCAGGCCUUUGAAACUUUGCGUCAAAUUGUGGGCUGAGUGGCUGAGUGGCUGACCUAGAUGACGAAGAUCUGACUGACUAGCACUAACACCGUGAUCCGAACCCUCAAAAACACUGAUCGAUCGUACACGGCCUGCCGUAUAUCAGACAUGGCCGACUCUCUGCGAUACAUUCGGAACUGUGAUGAACUGAACCGUAGAAACUUUGGACUCAAGUACAGUCAACCUGAUCUAUUCUACAAGUCACAGUGGCCAAUACCUCCUGUCGUGUAUCUGUUGUUCAGGUGGGCGACAGCCUCGUACCUUGCUGGAGUGAAAAUCUACACAGCCACGUUCUGGCACUAUGGCCUUCAUUUCAUCUUUCUCACAAACUGGACCUACUUGGUGCUGAGUGUCAGCUUUGUUUUCAGGGCAGUUACCUCGACAGUUUUCUACGUGCGGAGUAAAAAACUGGAUCAUACAGGGGAGAUAACUCAAGCGUCACAUCACAUUUUCUCCUGGCGCACUUCCUAUGCUCAGUGGAUUCUGUAUAACGUAUCGACGACGGCAUCUUUACUCGUUACGAUAGCUUUUUGGAUCGCCAUAUACCACGGAGAACCCAUACAGUUUGUAAAUUUUAACGUUCACGCGAUAAACUCCGUGAUCGUGCUCUUGGACCUCGCUAUUACAGCUCACCCGGUACGGCUGUAUCACGUGUACCAGCCUGUCCUGUACGUCCUUGUGUACGGCCUGUUUUAUAUCAUAUACUGGGCUGCCGGCGGGGUCGAUCCUCACGGAAACCACUAUAUAUACAAAGUUCUUGACUGGGGUAGAAAUCCCGGAUCGGCGGCUGGCUUGUCAUUCGGUCUGGUUUGUCUCGCUGUCCCUCUCAUCCACCUGUUUGUGUUUGGCCUGUACAAGUUGCGCUUGUACAUCCACCAAAGAGUUUACCGGCCAUCAACACAUACUAUACUACCCUCAAAAUCAUCUGAAGUUCAGCUAGAGGUUCAUGAUGUAUAAAUUAUGAAUAUGGUGUUCGCCU